CGUUGUGUGCGGACGUGCAUCGCAGUCACUGCACCGAGCAAAGAAGCCAUGCCAGCUGAACGGGAAGCGGUAGCCGCCAGGGGCCGUGUGGACACUACUUGCCAACCAUCGUCAACUCCAACAUCGAAGCGAGUGCGUUUCACCCUGCCCAGUGGCCGCGUGGUGUGCCCAAGGAGAGUGGAGCUGGCUGCACGAGAUACCGUCAUCCUGGCUACAGGUGCGGCAGUGGCUUCCAAGCGGGCUGCAGGCGGUGACGCUGUUGCCGAGCCCGGCCCUUCGUCAGGACCCGCAGCCCAGAAGCGCAUCAUCUAUCGUGGUGGCAUUCCUCUGAAGCGGUUCAAGCGAUGCCGCAGUAUCAGCGACGAUGCACUAGAAGAAAGCAUCACAGGUGGCGCCGAGACAGCGUCACGCGAGCACAAGGUGGAUGUCAACCGUGACCUGGUGUCCUGUGCCAACAGUCCCGCAACGUGUCACCAUUCCACCGUGAAUGACGGGUUCAUGGAGGAGUUCAUGGCCAUGGCCGACGACUAGUCCGGCAAGAAAUGAAUAUUCUAGAGACCGCGAUUGAGAGGACCCGAAAGGCACCGAAUAAUGUGCAUGUGAGCAGAGCGCGAGAGUGAAGAUAGUCACAUGACCUUUUGUUCAAGUAGUUCAUUCAUUGUUCAAUUGUUGAAGGUGUUGGGCAGGGACCAAUGAAUUCGUUCUUUUAUUCACCAUCCAUUGUGUGCUAUGGUUUCUGCUUUUGUUUUAGCAGAUUACGGUAUGCAGGACUUACUCGGGUUUAGGUGGUAUACUCAUUGCUAGGCUAGUACGAAAUGUUAAUACGUGCUUAUAUGAGUUUUAAAGCGAAAUUUUCUGUGCGUUUUCUUUCGUCCUUCCCACUGUUCCUGCUGCUGCUGUCGGGGAGCGGCUGAGAGCGGGUAUACACCGUUUUUUCACAGGCACCACCAUGGAUGGAUGGAUGCUACGAGCGUCCCCUUUGGAACGGGGUGGUGGGUUGCGCCACCAAGCUCUUGCUACUAUACUGCCUAAAAUUCGACCUAAUCGGAUGGAUGUUAUGAGCGUCCCCUUUGGAACGGGGCGGUGGGUUGCGCCACCAAGCUCUUGCUACUAUACUGCCUAAUAUUCUACCUAGGUUAAACAACGAAAAAAGACAAAAAAAAAAACACUAUGAACUACGACGCCCAAAGCACAUGCUUCUUCUUCCUUCUUAUAUCUCGCAUUAUAGGUGCGUGUUCUAAGGCAUCCUGAUCUCGCUUCGAAAAGUAAUGAGCUUCCCUUUGAGUUAUCAUAAAUGGUUUCUUUCCUGAUUUCGUUUUUUCCUCUUAAUAGUUACUCAUGGCAGGUUUCUGUUCCAUUGCCGCCACCCAUGAGAUUAAUUCAGCUUCUCUUAUUUUCCGCUUGACCUUUGUUGUUGUGUUGUCCACCCUCCAGGCCGCAUACUUGCUGGUAAGCUUCCUAGUUAUUUUCCUCCACUGUGAAUCAAUGUUUUUCCUGUACAGAUACCUGAACACUCUCCCAGCCCAUUUACUUUCUUCCAUAUUUCCCAGGCGUUCUUCAUACUCAAUUUUACUGCAAGCUUCCCUCACUUCAAAACUAGUCCAGCCCAUAACACCCUGCAUAGCUUCGUUUGUAGUCUUCCCGUGAGCGCCCAAUGCGCGGCGACCCACUGACGUUUGGUUCCCGUCGAGUCCUGAUUGUACCCCUGAUUUAUAGCCAACAACUGCAUUUCCAAAAGUAAGUCCUGGAACCAUUACACCUUUCCACAUACCUCGGAGGACCUCGUACCUAUUGCAUCCCCAUAGCGCUCUAUGCUUCAUUAUGGCUGCAUUUCUCUUCCCCUUUACUGUUAUGGUUUUCUCCUGUGUUUCCAUAUAUCCAUUGCCUUUGUUUAUCCAUAUACCAAGGUAUUUAUAUUCUGUUGCCCGAGGUAUUUCUUGACCCUGUAUCUCCGCUGUCUGUUCACAGUUUUCAUUGAAUACCAUAACACCUGAUUUUCUAACACUAAACUUCAAGCCUAAAUCGUUACCUUCCUGUCCACAGAUAUUAGCCAGACGUUGCAAAUCACUUUGCUUGUUAGCUAGCAACACAAUGUCAUCCGCAUAAAAUAAACCUAGGAGUUCCCGCUCUAUUACUGUACCCGCCUGUUUGUUUGAGAGAUUAAUCCCGACAUUACUUCCUUCUAGCGCCCUCUCCAUCCUCACCAUGUACAUCAUAAACAACAGCGGGGAUAAAGGGCACCCCUGCCCCAGUCCCUUGUUGAUAUGAACAUUCUCCUCGCUCCUCAUCCCUUCCCAUUCAACGCAACCGGUAUUUUCUAGGUAAAUCCCUCUCAAAAGCUGUAUACAAUCGUUACCUAAGCCUUCCCCUUCCAGGAUAUCCCACAAUAUGUUGCGGUCAACAUUGUCGUAGGCUCCUGUAAUUUCUAAAAAGGCCACAUACAACGGUCUGCUUUCUGCUUUUGAUAUUUCAAUACACUGAGUAAGAACAAACAAGUUGUCAUCCAAACGCCUACCUAUUCUGAAACCAUUCUGAAGCUCUCCCAAAAUGCCAUUAUUAUCAGUCCAUGCUUGAAGCUUUAAUUUGAUUGCCUGCAUUGCGAGCCUUUAUAUUACCGAUGUAAUGGUCAAUGGUCUAUACGAGUGAAUUCUGUCUUUCUCCCCCUUUCCUUUAUAAAUCAAAUUCAUUAUUCUUUGUCGCCAGCUGUCUGGUAUUCGUCUAUCUUUUAAAGUUCUUUCCACUGCUUUCACCAGAGCUUCCUUACUUUUUGGUCCUAGUUCAUUUAUCAGCCUAAUGGGAAUCUCGUCUAGCCCUGUGGCUAUACGCUUAGGAAUUUUCUCUUCCGCUUUCUUCCAGUUUAAAUUUGUUAGCACCAGCUGCCUUUCCCCUUGGGUCUCUUUCAUGCUCUUUUUUUCAACAAGUAUAACCUCUUCAUUGCCUUGGAAAGAUUCGGCUGUUGCUUUUCGGACGUAAUUUAUUGCCGCUUCUCCUUCGAGUCUGUUUUCACCUUCGUCUAGGAUAUGUUGUUGUAUUGUGGUUGACUUCCUGCCUAAAAAUUUUAUGUGGUUCCAAAAUAUUCUAGGUGCGGCCUUCUGUUUCUCACGUAUUUCUUACAACCAACGUUCACUUUCAGCUUUUAAUUUUGUUUGCACCAGUAUUUGAACCAUAGACUUUUUCUCCCGGUAUAUUUCCCAUUUACUAGUUACUUCAUCCUGUGGCGACUACGCCUUCUUUGCCUGCCUGUGCUCUCGAGUUGCUUUCUGUCAUUCGGCGAUCGCUUCUCGUAUCUCCUUGUUCCACCAGCGUUUCGGUUUCUUUUUUCCUUUCCAACGAACAUGUUGGUUCUCUUUCCGUAUUUCUGUCUUUAUUACACUUAUAAGCUCACCAUAUUCCCACUCUUUACUUGGCCAUUUGCCAAGUUCUUCCUCAACUCUAGUGACUGUAUUUGCUAUUUGUUCAGCGUUCAAAUUUGGACUGGCCAUUUUGCUCUCCUUGCUCUCUUUCCCAACUACAUAUCCCAUUUUCAAUAUGAUGCGCUUAUGGUCGCUCCCUAUGCUGUUAAACCCUUCCUCAUCGAUGACCAUUUCUCUCAACUUAUCAUGAAUUCCUUCUGUCAUCAGACAGUAAUCAAUGGUCGAUUGCCGGUUUCCCACUUCCCACGUGAUCUGUCCUUCACACGUAGGCCCUGUAUUCACGAUCACGAGGUUAUUUUGCUCACAAAGGUACAGCAUUGACUUUCCGUUAUUGUCGGUAUAGCCAUCUAAAUCCUGUAUGUGGGCAUUCAUGUCACCUAGCUAACAGGACAAUUUCAGCACCACUCCCGAAACCCUUAAUAUCAGCGCUUAUGCAUUCCACUAACUCUUUAUUUUUCUCUGUGCAAUUUUUUCCGGUCCACAAAUACGUAACGCCCAGCCAAGUUUCUUUGCCACUUAUUUUACCUGAUAACCAAAGAUGCUCUUGACAUUGUGAACUUACUCUUUUCCAUUUGGCUCCCUGAUGGAUGAGCGUUCCGACUCCCCCUACCUUUCUUUCCGACUUAGUUCUGUUGCACCCUUCCCAAACAUAAUUGUCAAUAACUGGUGGCUCUUCUGAGUCUCUAAGGUGCGUUUCCUACGCUGUGGCGCCAUCUAUGGGCAGUCGGCAUGCUCGCUUGGUCGAGUGCUCCCUUUCGCAUGGCAGGUAUACGCUCGGCGGUAGUUUCUGGUGUUUGUGUUCGCGCUCGUACGGUCUAUUUAGCAGGACGUGCGUCUUCUACGCGCUAAACGGUUGCAUGAGACGUACUGAUGUGGUUUAAGUCACUUUGGCAGGGCUUUCUACCGGCGUUGAGGCGCAGGGAACACGAAGCGCGAUGUGUGCGCACAUGUUAGAGCCUACAAUCAGCCUCGGAGAUAAAUUGUGCGUUACUGACAGUUCCAUUCACUAUUGUGACCUUAUUGCAGUAUUAUGGUCUAGUUUUAAGCUGUGGUUUCGGAGCAACGAAACAUACACGACGAUUGUAACCGCGUGGGAACCGUUCUGCUUUGAUAGCAGCUGUACUGUUAUAGUUUGACAAGCGUUCAAACUGUUAGCUGCAGAUUACAUUGCGUGAUUACAUGGUUCUGUGUAUGAGGUUUCCACCCAUGAAUAUAAAAUAGUUUUGAUUAGUAAUAGCAGCAUAACUUACAGUGUGAACUAUACCAACUGUGCGAGCGUCCCAAGCAAGGGUAGGUGCUGGAUUAUAGUUACCGUUGUUCUAUACAGCGUAUGUUCCAAGCAUGCAGCGUCAAUGUUUAUAUAUCUAUACACGUUGUGCGGCGUGACAAUGUGAGCUCGUAUUGUGGUCUUGGCACGUGUUUCUCUGUUUUUCCAGAAAGAGGAUGAUAACCGAAUUUUUUUUUUCGGUUGUGUUCGUUCCGUUCUCUAUAAUGCACUCACACGUAUUACGGAAAUGUUGACCUCAAACAUAGCCAUCGCUUUCUUAUUAUGCGAUCCCUCUCAUAUGUUAAGGCUCUAAUGGGCAAAAGAUCAAUGCCGACUCACAUACCUUAUAUAUGUAUCAUGCUGGUUCACCAGUUGCAGUAAUCGCUGUGUUGAGCAGCGCCAUCGACCUCGUGCAGGAAGGCUAGCGUAAACAUAUAGUGAUUUCAAGCCUACUAGACUUAAAAUGCCUGAAAACGAUGACGGUGUACCACAAUUAUUUGCUAGCGCCUGCCGCUUAGGUGUUUCGUGAUUGCCUUAGGUUGACCGCACGCGAGCAUGUGCACUUAUGUUUUAGUCCCUACGCCGAGCCAUCAGAUAAACAGCAGAUUUACCCUAUCAUGCUGGUAACACAGAGACACCGGUUCUAUUCUAUGCGUUUCAUUGAAACGUAUAUACGCAAAAUAGUUCACAACACUUACACACACCGCGGCUUAUAAUCCGCGUCACAUGUUUGGGCCCCCAAGCGCGUACUGUAGUUACCGGUGCAUCGAAAGGCUCCCCUUACGACCUCAUAUGAACAGGCAUGCGUAAGUUUCACAAAGUAAGAUCUAAACCAUCCCGAAAUCGUUCCGCAGCUAGCGACAGCAAUACCGUCAAGAUGCGCCGCGCUCCCUAUUCUUCUCACCAGAUGAAAAGCUCUAUAUACAUGGAAAGAGCGUGGCAGAGAAAAGACGCGAAGAACUCGUUUUGACCGCACCCCGUCGAAUGUGCACAAUGCCCCUUGGAGGUUCAGGGUCAAGGCCACAUUAGCCUUUUGACAGCUGUAAGUGACCGUGACCCCUCGCCAGCGCUUACCUUUUUACCAACAUGCCAAUCCAGAGUUUAGCUAGGUAGAAUGGAAGGAAGGAGCGGGAAGAGAAGGCAGAGAAUGGGCUGAACAGAGGCAGUCGCGAAACGAGUGACUAAAGCCUUGCCACCUUUGGUUCGCAGUUCUCAUACAAACACCAGGGGUGAGGGGUGGAAUAGAAAAAGCUAACGUAAGACGGCAAAGAAAGGCUACAUAAACUUAAGUUCAAGAUACGGUAUGGUCCACUUCUGCUAUUUAUAAAAAUAGAAGCAUAAAGUAUGUCUAGCGGUAAACA